AUGUCACAUACCAGCAGAGGCUGUGAACCUCCUAUUUUUCAGAUUGAUUUAUCCCUUCCGCCAUCUUCUCGAUACGCAGCUUUAGCUACGCAAUACCAGCAGCAACUACGUGAACUGAUGCCCCUAUUCAGUUGGCUUCUAGAGGGUGUCGGUGUGCCAUUGUCGCUCCUUCCUGUAGUCCAGCGCAUGGCUAAAUUACUUUUACGCCGUGUCCACAGUUACGAGGAAAACCUCGAGUUACGAGGCAUCUCAAAAGCUGCACAAGUGCCGAUGUAUCUGCUAGUUGUCUUCAAUGUCGUUCUAGACCUCCUCAUGGGAUGCACUUCUGGUGCUGUCCGUACUCUAGAGAAAACACAACCGCCCCAUGAAUCAAAGAUGCUACAUUUCAGGACAUUGGACUGGGAUAUGGACUCGCUUCGCAAAGUUGUUGUACAACUAGAAUUUGUCAGGAGCGCAUCGAAGACACCACAAAAGGUCUUGGCAAGGAGCAUUACAUAUGUUGGCUUCGUUGGCGUUUUGACUGGAGUAAGGUGUGGUUUGAGUAUGUCGUUGAACUUUCGGCCGCAGCAUAACGCCUUCACUCACAUGGAAAAUAUCCGGUUUCUUAGUCAUAAUCUGCUUGUCCUUCUUGGAAAAAGACAAUCCAUAUCGAGUCUGUUACGCAGCUGCCUAUUUUCAGAUCAUCAGGGCGGUCUUGGUUCGCCGCUCAGUCUUGAUUAUUUUGCCGAGACGCUUCCCUCAACGGCGUCAACAGCAGCCUACCUGGUAUUCAGCGAUGGACAAUCAGCAAUGGCGAUAGAGAAAGACAGAAUAUCCGGAAUGGUCAGGAGAUCGCGUUCAUUCAUUGUGAUGACGAAUCAUGACCUUGAUCCGACUCCUGGCAUGAGGGAAACAAAAAGCUCAAACAGUACGUCCAUACAAAGCAUAAUCAGCGAAAGUGUAGACCGGCGAGGUUGCAUGGUUGAGAAGUGGGAAAUCAAAGUCCGUGAAGAGCACGCCAAACGUGUUAUAGCCGCUGAAGCUUCGUCGCCGGCCUCCUUACUCUCAUCCGCUAGGCCAAGAACCAGAUCUAAGACGAAGAGACAACUGGCUGCCUGUACGGAUAGGUCAAUCCCUAUUGCACAGAAUUCCACAGAGCGACAUGAUGUAUUCACUGAUGGUCAUGAGGUAGAAGAGCGCGUGUCUUUGACAAAGUCGGAGCUCAGAAGGUGGCUGGCCGCCUGGCCAACGACGAAUGAGUGUACGCACUUCAGCGCCAUUCUUGACCCGACCGAAGGUACCGUCGUAUGGGCUCGGCAGUAUCUAGAACCACUUAAGCCACCUAAUGGCGCGCAGGACAGAGGUACACUUGCAACGACAUUCAACGAGGGUGCCCGAUAA